CCUGACUCUCAUAGACCAGGAAGUACGGACAGUGUGCGCGUUCAACACCUACAUCCCUUUCAAGUAACCAUUCAAGUCUCGUGUUAUUGCAUUCCUUACUUUAAUGGCUUUUUGUCCUGACUUAAAGAUAAAAUCUCAAUUGUGAUGACACUUCUAGCCCGAGUAUAUAUUUCGAAAUUCUAAUUACUAAUUAAACUUGAGCAGUUUAAACAUCUCACUUAAACUAAGUCAUUAUAUAACACGUUUGAACGGGAAUUUUAAAGUAUAAAUUAACCUUUGCCCUUUCAUAAAGCGAAGAUUUUUAAAAACUGUAGGAUAAUCUAAAAACUAAUAAAUUUGAACCUUUCUGAGACCAUUGAUGCCUUCCACCAAUUAUUUCUUUUGUAAGACAAGAACUCUGUCUAAUGUCAUGAACUUUCUUUGAUCUAAAAACCCGAAUACUUUAUUAAGAUUAUGCAUCUCCAAAAAACCCCAUGUUAAACGCGUGCAUGGAAUUCUAAAACGACGGUCAACGGCAAUUUUAACGAAGCAGAGAAAAAGGACCCGUAACACUAAGUCACAUGACGUGUUGGUCUGAUCUAUCAAGUCAUCAGAUGCUAAGAAGGUGCUCUAUCAUUAGAACUAAAUAAACUAGCGCUUCGUCGAAACGAGAAAUUCGGUCAUAAAUCUACAAUAGCGUGCAAGCUUAUCCUUCUAUUCUUGCUGUCGUCUCCUUUCAGGCUCAAGUUCCGAGUUUCAGAACUGGACAAAUUUGCCCAGAGAGGUUUCGGCAGUUACCGAGGGUUCUCACAGAUAUACACGAGGGGCAAAAUUAAGAAGGUUCUCGACCCAUCCGAGGAAAGGGACAGGGCUACGG